AUGGACCGAUUCCAGCCGGUCCACCAGACUUCAUAUCUCCUGCAACUUCCACGUGAGCUCAGAGACAUGAUUCUCGAGCUCGUUGUGGCACAGACGGAUGAGGUAAAACUCUUCAUCGAGCACUUCGAACGCGACUCCAUCAACGAACAAAUACCGCCAAGUCUGAUGCACACUUGCUCGCAAUUACGCAUCGAGGCUGCUGAGAUUUGGUACAGCAAGAACACAUUCCGGAUCCAUUCCAUCCAGCAGCUGCUAGGUCUUCUCGAUUUCGAAGCUGAGCAUCACAAACACUUGCGGUGGGUCCGUCUAUCCAAUGAGGCUACACCAUACAUCGCCCAAGCUGCGAAAAUGGCCGCGAUUGCUGACCAGACUUGCCAACUGGCAAAGGGGACGAUCAGUGUCAUCUCGUCAGAUAAUCACCCAAAGCCAGGGGGAUGGGUGUGCUUCUUCGUGGAUGCUCGUGGUCGCAUAGAAACUUACGAGAAUGAUCGAUACUAUGCAGAUCUUGACGAGCAUUACUGGGCUAUGCAGGAUGAGAGUUGA